CCUUAAGAUAUGGACCUUCCUCAUCUUUCUCUUGUAAACCCAAUCAGAUCAUUUUCUUUUAUUCUUAGAAAAUGCAUUCCUCUUCUUCUUUUGCUACUUUGUCCACUUGGACAAUCUUAAUCACAUUGGCAUGUCUUACGCUUCGUGCGUCUUUGUCCGAUGCUCAGCUUACCCCUACCUUCUACGACAGUUCAUGUCCUAACGUCACUAAUAUCGUACGAGACACCAUUGUCAACGAGCUACGAUCGGACCCUCGUAUCGCCGCGAGCAUCCUUCGUCUUCACUUCCAUGACUGCUUUGUCAAUGGUUGUGACGCAUCGAUCUUGUUGGACAACACGACAUCAUUCAGAACAGAGAAAGAAGCAUUUGGAAACAUAAAUUCGGCUCGGGGAUUUCCUGCGAUCGAUAGAAUGAAAGCCGCAGUGGAGAGGGCUUGCCCAAGAACCGUUUCAUGCGCAGAUAUGCUCACCAUCGCUGCUCAACAAUCUGUCACUUUGGCGGGAGGUCCUUCUUGGAGAGUUCCUUUGGGGAGAAGAGACAGCUUACAAGCAUUUAUGCAGCUCGCUAAUGCUAACCUUCCAGCUCCAACCUUAACACUUCCAGAACUUAAGGCCAAAUUUGCAAAUGUCGGCCUUAACCGUUCUUCCGAUCUUGUUGCUCUCUCCGGCGCUCACACAUUUGGUAAAAACCAAUGCCGAUUCAUUAUAGACAGGCUAUACAAUUUCAGCGAAACCGGUUUACCCGACCCAACCCUAAACACAACUUACCUCCAAACUCUUCGUGGACUAUGCCCUCUUAAUGGUAACUUAAGUGCCUUGGUCGAUUUUGAUCUACGUACGCCAACGGUUUUCGACAACAAAUACUACGUGAAUCUCAAGGAACAAAAAGGUCUUAUCCAGACUGACCAAGAGUUGUUCUCAAGCUCCAAUGCCACUGACACAAUUCCCUUGGUGAGAGCUUAUGCUGAUGACACACAAACGUUCUUCAAUGCUUUUGUGGAGGCGAUGAACAGGAUGGGAAACAUUACACCUCUUACAGGAACACAAGGAGAGAUCAGGUUGAACUGUAGGGUGGUUAACUCCAACUCUCUACUCCAAGAUGUGGUCGAAAUCGUUGACUUUGUUAGCUCUAUUUGAGAAUAGUGACUCAAUAUGUGGCUACCAAAAAUAUAUGUUAAGAUAAAUAAAGCGCUCUCAGGAUGUUACUUGAGAAUAUUUUAUUUUAGAUCACGAUACGUGCUGUCUCGUGCUGUACUCGGAGAUAACGAAUUAAUAAUGAAGUAGGAAAUAUUUGAAUAUUUUUGUUCGAAGUAGAUACAGUACCAGACCAAUUAAACUUAAAGCCCAAGGCAACAAAUUUUUUAGUGAUAAUUAAACGCAAAGCUCGA